CGGGCCCCGCGGGGCGGCCAUGGAGUGAGGCGGCGCGCGGACUCGCGCUCGGACGGACGGAGGCACCGACGGGCGGCCCCGGGCUCCGCGCGCUGGAAGAUGAACAGAGCAGAUUCACCCAAACCACCAGUCGCCCCCAAGCCGAAGGCUGCCAGUUCCCUCACGCCACAGACACCACCCAAAUUCUGCUCCUCGUCACUCCGGCCUGAAAGCCUUCACAGCCCCAACUCCUCCAUGUCCAGGGGGCCGAAACCCCCCAUCGCCCCCAAGCCCCGGCUGGCCACCCCCAGCGAGUGGAGGGCCAGCGUCUACGUGAUCAACAGCUUAAACAAAUGCAGCAACGGGAAGCUGCCCUGCGUGGACAGGGGCCUCUACGAAGAGCGCCGGUCCACCCCGGAAUGCUCCGAGUCCGAGGCCGACGAGGAUUACAUCGUGGCCCCCAGGGCUCCGCCGGGAGAGGACGGAGCCAAGGAUGCGGGCUGCGUGGAGAACACAGUCACGGGGCCUCCGGAGGCCGGCGAGGAGGAGGAGGAGGAGGAGGGCCAGGAGCGGGGCGAGGGGUGCGGGCCGGCGGGGCCCACGGCUGCAGAGGCCUGGGCGGUGCUGAGUGGACAGGCUGACCGAGACGUCGCCCCCGCCCCCAAGGACGCGGAGGGGGCAGUCUGUGCCGGGGCCGCGGGGACCGAGGACCAGACGUUCACGAGUGAGGAGGACGAGGAGGAGGAAGAGAAGCUGGUGGAAGAACACAGCGCAUGCAGCCUGGAGGACGGGGGGCCUGGAGAUGGAGGGGCGGAGUCUCCGAGCGAUAGCAUCCCAGCCCACCUCGAGGUCGUGGACGAUGCUGCGGCCGACGGCGAGGAGGAGCCCGGGGCCCCUGGGACCCCCGAGGAGGCUGAUGCAGAACCGGACCGCGGUGUGGACGAGGGGGACAAUGCUGGCGAGGAGCCCCCAGAGGACGAGGGGAACAAUGCUGGCGAGGAGCCCCCAGAGGACGAGGGGAACAAUGCUGGCGAGGAGCCCCCAGAGGACGAGGGGUCGGCUACGGGUGUCCCCGAGGCCGAGGUGGCCAUAGACGACCCUGACGUCUCCCAGGAGGCGUGUGAAGAUGCUGUGGGUGCUGGCGGCCAGCAUGGCGGCCAGGAUGAGCCGGCUGGCCCGAAUGAGAACGCUGACCCGGCAGAAGCGGAGGUGGGGGAGGACCCCCGGGAGGGCGAGGACCCGGUGCAGGAUGAAGCGGCCGAGGACAGCUGCCACAUCAUCCCGUUUGAGAGCGACAGCGUGGACGACCUCGUGCCUCCUCUCUCGGCCCGUCCCUACGAGCUCUUCCCCACCGAGAGCACCUCCUUCUGUAGCGAGAGCUACCCUCCUUAUUCCGAGUCCGCACAGGAGCCGGGGCCGGGAGAACGCGCGGAGUGGGACCCCGAGGCUGGGCCGGGGCGUGAGCGGCGGGGCUCCGCGCAGGGUGGCGCCGGGGAGGAGGGCCCCCCUGUGCCCGACGUGCUGGUCCUGCCCGAGGACGAGGAUGCCAACCCCUACGAGAUGGGAGUCGGCCCGCCCUGCGGGGCGGACCCUGGGGAGGCGGAGACACCCGGAGCGCAGGCCGCCUCGGAGGAGCUGAGUCCCGAUGCGGAGGGCGGCCUGGUCCCCAUCGACAGGAAGAACGUCAUGGCGAGGGCCAGGCCCCACUCCGGGAAGGUGGCUGGCUACGUCCCAGAAACGGUCCCGGAAGAAAUGGGGCCGGAAGCUGGCUCAGCGGCGGCCGCGGAGGCGAGGAAGACAGUUCUGUCGCUGGAGGGGAAGCCGCUGGAUGUCGGCAGGGCCCUGCCGGCAAAGCCCAGAGCCUUCACGCUGUAUCCGCGAUCGUUCUCCGUGGAGGGCCGGGAGAUCCCUGCGUCCCUGUAUCGGGAGCCCGAGGCGUGCGGCCUCGACGGCCACGGCAUCAAGAGGAAGGAAGACAACUUGUCCCUGCCCUGCGUCAUCGGCUCCUCCGGCAGCUUCUCCCAGAGGAGCCACCUGCCGUCCAGCGGCACCUCCACCCCCUCGUCCAUGGUAGACAUCCCACCCCCGUUCGACCUGGCCUGCAUCACCAAGAAGCCCAUCACCAAGAGCUCCCCCUCGCUCCUAGUGGAGAGCGAGCUCCCGGACAAGCAGAAGAAAAAGAAGUCGUCCUUCAAGCGGUUCCUGGCGCUGACGUUCAAGAAGAGGACGGAGAGCAAGGUGCACGUGGACGUCCACGUGUCCUCGUCCAGGUCGUCCUCGGAGUCCAGCUACCACGGGCCGGCCCGGCUCCUGGAGAUGGACCGCAGGAGCCUCAGCAACUCGCCACAGCUCCGGGUGCGGACGGGCAAGCUCCGGGCUUGCGACUCGCCCUCGUCGCUCAUCUUCUGCCGGGAGGGCAAGAGGAAGGGGGUCCCCUUCAGCAGGACGGUGUCCCGGGUGGAGUCCUUUGAGGACCGCUCGCGGCCCCCCUUCCUGCCGCUGCCCCUCACCAAGCCGCGCUCCAUCUCGUUCCCCAACGCCGACACCUCGGACUACGAGAACAUCCCGGCCAUGAACUCGGACUACGAGAACAUCCAGAUCCCACCCCGGAGGCCUGCGCGGGCCGGGACGUUUACCAAGCUGUUUGAAGACCAGAGCCGGGCCCUGUCCACGGCCAACGAGAACGACGGCUACGUGGACAUGAGCAGCUUCAACGCCUUCGAGAGCAAGCCGCAGAGCGCCGACCCGGAGGCAGAAAGCGCCUACACCGAGCCAUACAAGGUCUGUCCCAUCUCGACAGUGGCCCCCAAGGAGGACCUCACGUCGGAUGAAGAGCACGGAAGCUCGGAGGAGGAGGAGGACAGCGCUGCGAGAGACCCCAGCCUCACCCACAAGGUGGAGGGACAGUCCAGAGCCCACGUCAUUGCGCAGGAGCUGCUGUCUUCAGAGAAAGCAUACGUGGAGAUGCUCCAGCACUUGUAUCUGGAUUUCCACGGAGCGGUCGUGAAGGCCUUGGAUGAGACGGACUACGAGGGCAAGGACCCGGUGGCCCGGGAGGAGCUGCGACGUGGCCUGAGUGAGCUCCCGGCCAUCCGCGACCUUCACCAGGGGAUCCUGGAGGAGCUGGAGGAGAGGCUGGCACAAUGGGAAGGCCAACAGAAGGUGGCUGACGUCUUCCUGGCCCGGGAGCAGGAGUUUGAGCACCACGCCGCUCACAUCCUGCAGUUCGACAGGUACCUGAGUCUGCUCGGUGAGAACUGCCUCCACGCCCCGCGGCUGGCAGCGGCCGUCCGAGAAUUUGAGCAGAGUCAGCAGGGAGGCGGCCAGAACGUGAAGCACCGGCUGCUGCGGGUGGUGCGGCGUCUGUUCCAGUAUCAAGUGCUCCUCACAGACUAUUUAAAUAACCUUUGCCCGGACUCAGCGGAGUACGAUGACACGCAGGGUGCACUGACCCUCAUCUCCAAGGUCACAGACCGGGCCAACGACAGCAUGGAGCAAGGCGAAAACCUUCAGAAGCUGGUCCACAUCGAGCACAGUGUUCGGGGCCAAGGGGAUCUCCUCCAGCCAGGAAGGGAGUUUCUGAAGGAAGGGACGCUGAUGAAAGUCACAGGGAAGAACAGACGCCCGCGGCACCUGUUUCUGAUGAGCGAUGUGCUGCUUUACACGUACCCCCAGAAGGACGGGAAGUACCGGCUGAAGAGCGCGUUGGCGGUGGCCAGCAUGAAGGUCAGCCGCCCUGUGAUGGAGAAAGUGCCCUAUGCCCUGAAGAUCGAGACUCCCGAGUCCUGCCUGACCCUAUCUGCCAGCUCCUGCGCAGAGAGGGACGAGUGGCACAGCUGCGUGAGCCGGGCCCUGCCCGAGGACUACAAGGCCCAGGCGCUGGCCGCCUUCCAGCACAGCGUGGAGGACGGGGGGCUCCGGCCCAGCUGGUCUCCUGACCCCGCUGCCUGCCUGACUCCGUUGCUCCAGAUACGGGAGAGGCUGGGGGUCAGCCUGGGGGAGAGGCCCCCGACCCUCGUGCCCGUCACGCACGUCAUGAUGUGCAUGAACUGCGGCUGCGAUUUCUCCCUCACCCUGAGGCGCCACCACUGCCACGCCUGUGGCAAGAUCGUCUGCCGGAACUGCUCUCGGAACAAGUACCCUCUGAAGUACCUCAAGGACCGCAUGGCCAAGGUGUGUGACGGCUGCUACGGGGAGCUGAAGAAGAGGGGCGGGGACGCCCCAGGCCUGAUGAGAGAGCGGCCCCUGAGCAUGAGCUUCCCCCUCUCCUCCGCCCGCUUCUCGAGCAGCGCCUUCUCGUCCGUCUUCCACAGCAUCAACCCCUCGGCCUUCAGGAAGCAGAGGAAAGUCCCAUCGGCCCUGACUGAGGUGGCCGCCUCGGGAGAGGGCUCCGCCAUCAGCGGCUACCUCAGCCGGUGUAAGAAGGGCAAGAGGCACUGGAAGAAGCUCUGGUUCGUCAUCAAAGGCAAAGUGCUCUACACCUACGCGGCCCGUGAGGACACAGUGGCCUUGGAGAGUAUGCCCCUGCUUGGCUUCACCAUUGCACCAGGCAAGGAGGAAGGCAGCAGUGAAGCCGGACCUACUUUUCAUCUUUACCACAAGAAAACCCUAUUUUAUAGCUUCAAAGCCGAGGAUAGUAAUUCGGCUCAGAGGUGGAUGGAGGCCAUGGAAGAUGCAAGUGUGUUAUAGCAGUUACCUAGCAUGUGGACUCAGAGGACACUCUUAGGUUGAUAUGUGGACCCUUCCAGAAGCCAAUCCGUGUCUCCACCCGUCCGGACACAUAUCUGGGUUCAGCACGGGGCCUGGCCUUUUUGGCUGUCACCCCCUCUUUCACACCUUCACAAGUGGACCCCUUAAGGGAUAUUUAUGGACCUUUUCUGUCUUCGUGUUGUCCAGCCUCCCCACUCCAGCGUAAACUAUUUCCCUUUCCAGUAGUGCGUUAAAAUUUAGUACCAUGAGGACGUGGAAACCAGUAGAGAAGUAUGUUGUAGAACUGCAGGCUUCUUAGUGGAAACAAGCUUUUACAGUUUUUUUUUUCACUCCUGGUAAACAUGAUCGCCUUUCAUGUCGUUGAUGUCGGUGCCUCAGGUGAAAUGAAAAACAACCAGUAGAUAACAGCUACUGUCAUCAAAAAGCACUUUAUUGUUUUCCUGAGCAGCAACCUCCGGUUUGAUUUUUUUUUUCCCCCAAGGGACUUCCGUAAGUCAGUGGUAGAUGGAGUCCUGUGGACUAAUUUGCCACCAGCACUGGCUGUGGUGGACCAGCAGGUAACGCCGGGAGGGUCCCCCUGGCCUCGGAGGGCUCAGGGACAGGAAACCCUGGGAGCAGAAGCAGAGGACUGUCUCCUCCAAGUGACCGCUCACCCUGCAGACCACCGCAGCUUCCUAAAGGAAACUGCCUCCUCCCUAUAGCAGUCCUGACACCUCACCAGUGCUGGAAACUCGGCUGCUGGCAGACCCGGCCCCCACCCUGGAGGUCACCACAGACCCUCCCGAGAAAUGGGGUCUGCUUUAAUUUAUUGCGUGCCUUCCUGAGUUUACCCCGCACAGGCCAACAGCGAUAUGCUUGUGAGAACUGUCCUUUUUUUCGACAUCGUGAUCCUUCUGCUGUAUUCCUGAAGCCUUGAAAGAGAGGGAAGGAGAGAAGACAAGAUGUGAUGGGAAGGUGAAUUCGUGAUGUUGGCCAGUGGCUCUGGACACAGUUGAGGGAGGCCUAGAAUUGUGGCUUGAGAUGCCCUGUGGGCGCCUGGGGCUUGGUCCCUUCCCGCUGAUGACUGCUCACGAUGCUGGACGUGUUUUUACAUAAAGCAGAGUGGCGGGGGGCCUCCUUGUUACUGUCAUCGAAAUAAAAAGCAAUC